AUGGCGGAGGCCGCGGCCUCAGAGCCGCUGGGCCGGAGCCGGCAGGAGGCGGCCUGGGUGGAGAAGCUGCGCGGGGACUGCGAGCCCGAGCACCACUGGCGGCACCGCCGCGAGUUCCUGCUGCGCAACGCGGGGGGCUCGCCGGCCGGGGACAGCGGGGCCCUGCAGCGCCUCGUCUCUCUCUCCAUGGUGUGGGCCAACCACGUCUUCCUGGGCUGCCGGUACUCGCUGUCGGUGAUGGAAAAGGUGCUGGAAAUGGCUGAAGGCAUCAAAGUGACCCAUGCGCCCGCCCACACUACGAGAGAUGAACUGGUUGCCAAGAAGGGGUAGAGGAACCUUGCAAGAAACGAGCUGUUGACAAAAGUAGAGAUUCUAAGGAUGUUGGAAAUGAUUCUAAGUCGAC